CAAUGUGCCUACGUGCUAUGCAGCGAGAAGUGACGUGUAGUGCACUAUCCCUGUGGAUUGCCAAUCCAUUGUGAGGAUUUCGCAAGAGUUAGGUGGAUUCCUGAAAUGAAGUCUGUUCUAAGGAAUGCUGAAAUUCGCCAUUUCUAGCUGAUCAAGCUUAGCUGCAAGUGCCAAAAUGAUUGUGCUCGUAAAGAAACCGGACCAGAGCAUCUGCGAGAUUGAAGUAACCCCCAAAUCGUUGGGACAAGAAUGCCUUGACCAGGUCUGUCAGAAACUAGGGACAAUUGAAGGUGACUACUUUGGGUUGCAGUUUACAAGGAAGAACGUUAGUGAUCCGAUGUGGCUCAACCUCCGAAAUCCCAUCAACUCGCAGGUGACCGGAUCAUCACCUCUCAGACUACAACUUCGUGUCAAGUUCCACGUCCAGCCACAUCUCAUCUUGCAAGAAGUUACAAGACGGCUAUUUUUCCUGGAUUUGAAGUUAGACCUUGUCAACAGCAAGCUAAUUGCUUCAGUGAAGGAGACUGCUAGGCUGGCAGCUCUUCUGGCCCAGGCUGAGCAAGGCAACUACAGCCCCCACGCCCAGCACUAUGCCAGCUUGCCCGAUGCCUGCUGCAACGCUGACUUCAUCACACAGGUCAUGGCAGAACACAUGAGGCUGAGGGGCAUGAAGCCGGCCCAAGCCGAGUACCAGUUCCUGAAGGAGGUGGCCUCGCUGGACAGCUACGGUGUGGAGCUCUUCGAGGCGAAGGAUGCCAGCGGUAGGGGUGUGCUGUUCGGCGUGGGCCCGCAGCACAUCCACCUGUUCAGCACUGAACCAAAGAUGGAGUGCCUAGAGAGGAUUGGUCUAGAUCUGAUCUUGAAGGAAUCACUGAACGGCAAGUGUUUCAGUGUGACUUAUCCUGAGGAAACUAAUGGUGAGUUAUCGCCCGUCACCAUGUCAGUCAAGCUUCAGAGCAAAGAGGCUGCUGAGGCACUGUACCGAGCCAUCACUGAAAAACAUGAGUUUUUCGUCUGCGACACGGUCCAGAAGAGGAUCCGGGCGGAGUGUGUGCGAGACUUCAAAGGCACCCUGGCCUCCAUCUUCACUGAGAACACCGAGUACGGCAAGAAGUUUAUGUUUGACGUGCAGCGUACGUGGAAGGAGGUCUAUGACCAAACCAGAAGAACGUUGCACCGGGCAGGCACUGCAGGGGUGACCGGCAGGCCGUUCACAAACCUGGCAGAGCGGGAGGACGCAGCCUGCGCAAUGACAGGUGUGGACGAGGAGUCGGAGGUCAAGUUGCUGAGGAACAAGGUGGAGAUGUACAACAGUGGGCUGAGUUGCAAAGUCUGCAUGGCCACCCGACUGGACACAGCGUUCUUACCCUGCGGGCAUGUGCUAUGCCAAGUUUGUGCUGAACAGGUGGAGGUGUGCCCACAUUGUCGCGGGGAAAUCCAGGAGAGACUCCGCAUCUUCUUGCCAAUCGAUGACUGCCAAAUCGAAGUGUAACCAUCCACUUCCAAAGGUGACACGCCUACCCAACUGCAUGCUUCUUUUUGUAGUCUCGGUCAUUUUGCUAGAUUCCGUUUCGAACACGGCAUGGGACUUAAAUUAGAACCUGCCGAGUACAGCUUUAGCUUAGGAGUGCAAUAUAUUGUCUGUCUUCAUUGAUGAAAAAUGUGUAAAAGGAAUUCAGAAUGUCACAGGGCCACGGUUUAAAGCUUUUCUGUUCCCUGUGCAAGCACCCAUAUUUUCUUUGCUAAAAAAAAGGACAUAUUGCUUGCUGGGUUAAAGAUGAACUUAAAAAAAGUAGUAUUUUGCAGAUAAAACUGUAAGGCGUCUGAUAUGUGAUCUGAAAUCUACCAAGACAGUUUGUAAGACUUACUUCACAAUAUUGACUCUAUUCAAGUGACAACAUUUUUCGGCAUACAUGUGUUGUAUUUUUUUUUAAUCCUGCGUACGUUAUUUUCUCGCAACACUACUGUGCACUGGCAUGUCUUGAGAGGUAGAAAAGAAACAGGUCACAACACGUAAACAUUCUCUACUGGAUGAGAUGUAGGCUGUGUUACACCACUCAGUGCUAUGGUCACUCCAGAGUUUGUGCAUUAACAUGUCAGGCAAACUGCGACAUGCUGAAGUGGUCAAGUUCUGUGGACGAACAGGAAAACAGGGCUUGAACGUAAAAACCCGCAGUAAAUCCAUCCUGGAGUCUCUGAAGUUGAUAGACAGGUGCCAAUUUGCAUUUUUGUCGCUGGCAUCCACCAUCCAAGCACCACUGCACAGUAGAUGGCUGGUUCAUAUCAUCCCACCUUAAUUGUGCCAUUGUUUGAAAUCAUAGCACGUUUAGUUUGCGUACAAAGUGGAAACAGUAUUAAUAAGAGAAUGUACUGAGGACUCUUAAUUGCAUAGAGUCCAUCACUGUGUUUGCCCUUUCAAAAUUGAUGACACAGGGAUAUGUCCAAAUUGCCAAAAACACUCCAGUUUCCUUUUUUUUGUAAUCUGUACAUGUCAUUUUGCGUGCAGACUUUUUGUAAUGUUUGUAAUUAGAUAUUUUCAUAUUUAUUGACAGAUGAAAUCUGUUUUCGCAUUGUUUUGAAUAGUAAACUAUUAACGGUGAGCAUCUGUGUACAAAGGGCUUGUCUUUCUCAUUGGUAUGUUAUCGUCCUAACAUUUGAAGUCACUGAAGUUCUUUCUUUCCUUGAGUUUAGAUCUUUUGUGUAGAUUUUUGGGCCAGUUUUUAGAAUUGUAUGCUUUCGGUACGUGAUAUUUUGAAGUUGUUUGUGUGAAUGUACAUGGCUGUAGGUCGUUUGUAAAAAUUGAUCGUUCUGUCCCUUGGAGGCUAAUUUAUUCAAAGUAAAGGUCACAUAUACAUAUACACUUUCCCUGCCGUGUCAUUUCCCCUUCCUACUUUGCCCCCCCCCGUCCCUGAGUUACUCAUCAAAAUCCCCAAUAAUAGUGUUUGAAUUUCUUCUCUGUGGUCAUCAUGGAUGUGCAUUACGUGGUUGCGUCAGUGGAGGGCCACACUUAUCACUAAUUGCUUAUUCUACUUCUGGAAGAUAUCAUCAGUUCCACAAUCACUUAAAUUUCAUCACUUAAGUGUAACAAUGCAAUAAAAACUAGCAAUGCAGUUAAAGCACUUUCUUAAAAUUUUUAAAACCUGUUACGUAUUUUAAAUUAAAAAAGGUUGAAACUGUCACAUCAACAUUGCAUGUACUCUUUUGUUUUCUGUUUUCAGUAAUUACGAACGUGUACCCAAAGGUGAGACAGUGUCAACGAUGGUUAGAUUUUUAUUGCAGUUUAAUGUGGAGCAAGAUAUGUAAUUUCAAAUUGCAUCUUUGGCGACAUGCACCACUGAAAAAAGUUACGGACCACUUUUUUCUUAACUUGUAAUUUUUUUCCAAGCAAUGAGUGGGUCUAGUUCUUUCAUUUUUUGUUUGUCUACACGGUGUUCUCAUCGGAAUGGAAAAUUGCAAAAAGAUUUCAGAACAUCAAAUGCACAUUUUCAGCGGUAAAAUAUCUCAUAUAAAAAAGUAUACACAAAAUAAAAAGUGUUCCAAAUCUUUUUUUUUUGUGUAGUGUAUCAUUCAUUGAUGUCAUAAUGUUGUAUUUUAAUUUGUGUAUAAACUGUAAACGUUGUUUUACCCAGAGUGAGGCAGAUCCAAUUUGUUGUUACACGUUAGAGGUACGUGUGUUUGGUAUUUAACACCUAAUGUCCUGCAACGUAAAGAAACUUCUGUGCAAGUGGGGGGGAUUCAGGACUUUGAUUUAUGCAACACACAUUGAUGACUUGUAGUUACAUGUAAGUUUUGCAUAAAUUGUUAAUAAUGGAAUGGUUAAUUUCUACAUACAUUCCUUCUUCCUUUCUUUGUCACUUUUAUGCUCCUGUUAGUGGUAGUUCAGUUCAGUAUGUUGUUCUUGAAAAUGUAGAUAAUUUCUUCUGGAAGUGAUGUACAUGUACAAUACAUGUAGAAUAAUGAUUUGGCAGAUCUAUCAAGCAGUAUUAUUCCCAGACCAAAUUGCACCGAAAAGCGUUCAAUUCAUUCCAAGAAUGAAAUAAGAUGUAUUCGUCGAAUGAAGUUUGUGUUGGAGAGGGGGAAUGUCCCCUGUGCAGCAGUGCAGUCUAGCUCCCAAAUUUCUUUCUUUAAAUUUUAAAGAAAAAUGUGUUGUUUAAGAAUGGAUUAUUCGGAUUAGUAGUUAAACUGACGAAAAUGAGUCCCUAACUGCAUCAAAUGUUCAUAUCUAAAAAGAAAGUGCAAAAUGUUGACAUUGUGUUUGAAAAUAAUUUUUUGAUGUAUUCUGGGUGUUUGAUGAAACAUUAAUGCACGCACAUGCUUGCUUUCCUUUCACAUUGUAUACUGUUUAUCAUUCGUCGAUUUUGCCUUCAGGCGAACUCCCAGCACUCAUUAAUUUGAAGGUCUACCACAUAAGUACCUCCAUUGAAAUCAUGAGCAUGAUUGGAACGCUAAUUGAUAACGAGUAGUUGAUGGUACCCUGAUCUCUGGACCUUGGUCUGGGCCAUCAAACACAAGUGACUAUUUUACACAACUUAUAUGCUGGCAUAUUGUUGUAGGUAGUCCCACGUGGGAACAUCAUUUUAGUAUUAUUAGUGUCAUUUUAUCCUGUUUGAUGUCAUAAUGCGAUUGUCUUUUAGUUAACGUUAUAUUGUUGAACUUUGGAAACAAGAAGUGGAGGGUAACUCUCAACUCGUGAUAAAGUAUUUUGUAGCUUUGUCAGUAAAAACAAUAAAUAAAAUCAUCGUACUAAGUACAGUAAAAGAA